UGCCAAUCCAGCACGCCACCGAACCCUCGGCUGAUUGCUUCACUCCAAUUAACCUUUUCAUGCGCUCCUCGCGGCCGCUAACGACACAGAUAUAGUCUUUUAGGUGUUGGGUUCUGGAUUCAAAUUUCAAGUUUCAUCUUUCAUUCUGGGUUCACGGUGGAAAUUGGGUUUGGAUGAUAGAGCUUGUUCUGGCAACGGAAUGGAAUGAUUCAUUCCGAGGAAAGGCGGGCGAAGGGCUGGUAGUAUCUAUUGAUGACUGUCAGCAGUGUCCGGGUCUCUCAUUGCCAAGGCUUUCAAUUUAACGCAGUUCAGCAGCUCGGCAUGGCUAGGAUCAUCCAUCGAAUCUGCUAUCGGUAUCAUUGGAGAAGACAAGCAGAUGAAGGAUGAAAAGAUUCAACCAGAUGUGGUUGCUUACAAUAGCUUGAUUGCUGGUUUAUGCAUUUCAAGCACAAUCAAUGAAGCUAUGAAGUUACUCAAUGAAAUGGUAGAGAGGAAGAUCAUGCCCAAUACAGUUAACUAUUCCACAUUGGUUAAUGCUUUUUGUAAGGAAGGAAAUGUUUUGGGAGCUAAAGCUAUACUCAAAGUGAUGAUUCACAGAGGAUUUCUUCCAGAUGUCAUCACUUACAAUUCAAUGCUGGAUGGGUACUGUUUGCGCAAUGAAUUAGACAAAGCUAGAAAGUUAUUUGAUUUCGUGGUCAAUAAGAGAUGUGAACCUAACGUUUACUGUUAUAAUAUAAUGAUUCAUGGAUAUUGUAAUAAUGGAAGGAUGGAUGAAGCUGAAGAAUUACUUAAUGAUAUGCUGGAGAAGGAUUUGGCUCCGAAUACAGUCACGUAUACUACUAUGCUAAAUGGAUUUUGUCAAGCAGGGAGGCUUAAAGAUGCACAACAAAUUCUCAAGAAAAUGAGUGGUCAGGGUUGUUCCCCGGAUAAUGUGACAUACAAUAGCUUGCUUGGUUACUUGUGUAGACAAGGUCAACUUGACGGUGCAUUAGCUCUAUUUCAAGUAAUAGACAAUAGUAGUUUGCAGUCUAAUGUUGCCGGGUACAAUAUCCUUAUGGAUGGGUUGUGGAAAGCAGGGAGGGAAAAGGAAGCUAGGGAAAUGUUUUCUAGGCUCUCUAGAGACAAGUUUUUGCAACCUGAUACCCGCGCAUAUACCAUUACAGUUGAUGGACUUUGCAGACAAGGUUUUGUGGAUGAAGCAUAUGAUUUGUUCAGGAAAAUGGAGGGGGAUAGUUGUCUACCAAAUAGUUGCUCUUACAACGUGAUUAUUCAUGGAUUUCUUCGCCAUAAGGAUCCCCUUGAAGCAAUAGACCUCAUUCAUGAGAUGGUUUCGGAAGGUUUCUCAGCCGAUGCAACCACCAUGUCUUUGCUAAUAGAAUUGUUGCCCAAGAAUCAGUUGGAUCAUCCAAUAUUCCAGAAGCUAUUGAAUGGUCCUGAUAUCAAGAGUCAUAAAAUAGGGUCUAGUGGUCUAUCAGUUGCUGCAACUCAAGGAACUAGCUGAAAUUCUCAUCCAAAGGCCAGUUGCAUGAUCCUGUAAUUGAUCAAAAUCUCUCGGCUUGGAGAAGAUUCUGAUGAUAGAAGAUAGCUGGAACUAACGGUCCGAUUCAUGAUCCUUGUCAUCCCACUUACAUAUUGUUGAUUCUGUCUGCUGUACAAAACGAGCUCCGAUCCCUGCUCGUUUCUGUCCAUGUUUGAUGCAUUAGUAUGUGCCGAACCUGUUUGUGAUUAUUGUUUAGAGAUAUGAAGCUCGCUUGUCUAGCAACAUAACUACGUAUUUGCGACAAAGGCCAAAGCCUUGAAGGGAACUCUAGGGUUCUGCUUUUGUCAAGAAGAAGCAAUGCUUUGGUCACCCAUUUUUGGACUUCACUCAUCUGAAU